UUUUAUUUACAAAUCGCUCGCCGAAACCAAAACAAACUCACCUAUAAAAGAGCAAAUUCCCACUUCAAUCAUCAAUCCACUCCACCAUUCAACAAUGAAAACCUCAAUCAUCUUUCUACUAUCUCUCGCCUCGGCACUGGCCCACCCCCUCCUGUCCUGCUCGUGUGGGGUCGCCCCCAUGCCCUGCAACUGCGGCCUGGGCUCCGGCGAAGACGUCUGCCACGACAGCGACAAGCCCAAAACCUGCACCCCCUUGGUCGUUCGCCCCUUGGAAGUCCCCAAACCCAAACUACCCGCCCCUUUGCUACUGCCCCCAGUUGGCAGCCCUUGCAGUUGCCACACCUCGCUUGUCAAACCGGCAGUGGUGCCAAACCCCCCGUGCACGGCCUGCUCCGGAGGAUACGCCGGGAGUAUCGACGUUUUGAACAACCAGCACUUGACCCUCAGCCAACAGCAGCAGAUUCUGUUCGGGGGCGGCUGCAGUGGGGCCCAAAAUGGGGGCCUGUAUGGGGCCCAAGCGGGCGCUUAUGGCUACACCCCGGUCGCGAGACCCAUCCUUGUUGAUGAUAUCGAGAAAACUCCGGUGAAUCCCGCAAAUUACGUGCCUGCUGAUCCCGUUUCCCUGUCAGUUGCGUAUAAAAUGGCCCAGGAAAAGUGCCACCAUAACGAAGAUAAGCUCUCUUUCGGGUUCAGGAGUUUGCCGAAGGACGUCCCGAUUUACGUGAGGCGAAUGGGAAAUAACAUCCCCGAAGAAAAUUUGUUCAAUUUGAACGGACAAAUCGUCGAAUUGAAGAAAAUCGCGUGCCAGUCUCGCAAGUCGCUCGAUGACGAAGCCGCCGAGCAGCUGGCCGACCUCCAGGAGGAGGAGGAGGAGGCCAGGAUGGCCGUCAACCCUUACAAGUCACUCACUUUGGGCGAACUCGGUUACGGACCUGCCAAGAUCGAGGGCCAGUUUGUGGAUCUCCCGUCGGCCGGUCCAGGUCCCUCGUUUGGCGAAGGCGCAGCUAGUAAGAACUGUGAUGAUGGUUUCAAGCCCGGGAAUGUGAUCAUAACCCAGGUGCCCAAAGUUGAAAAUCUGGCGAUGCCGCCCCCACUUCCGGAGCCAUGUCCGGCUGAUGAGGAGGCGUUUAUUCCGCCGCCUCCAGCUGUGCCACAAGGGGCGCUCUUCACUAGCCCUUACACGUAUUUGUCGAGUGCGUCGUCCUCGUCGGCCUCCACUAAAAAUCUCUACUCCAAGAGCGUGUUCUUGCAAAAGGUUGGGUGCAGUUAAGCUGUGAUUGGUUGUUUCGAUGGUUUUGAUUGAAUAAAGAAAAUUGAUAAAUAUUA